CCUUUCUGCAACAAACUAAUCAUCAAAGAUGGUGAAGCUUGGAUUUGGAUGCUUUGGGGACUCCUUUAGUGGUUCUUCUCUGAAGGCUUAUUUGGCUGAGUUCAUAGCCACCCUUCUCUUUGUUUUUGCUGGUGUUGGCUCUGCAAUUUCUUACAGUGAUCUUACAUCAGAUGCUGCAUUAGACCCAGCUGGGCUUGUGGCCAUUGCCUUAGCUCAUGCAUUCGCUUUGUUCGUUGGUGUGUCCAUGGCAGCCAACAUCUCCGGUGGUCACUUGAACCCGGCCGUCACCUUCGGAUUGGCCGUCGGUGGUAACAUCACCAUCCUCACUGGCAUCUUCUACUGGGUUGCACAACUGCUCGGCUCCAUUGUUGCCUGCUUCCUCCUCCAAUUUGUCACCAACGGCAAGUCCGUUCCAACCCAUGGCGUUGCUUCCGGCAUGUCAGCUCUCGGAGGCGUCGUGAUGGAGAUUGUCAUAACCUUCGCAUUGGUGUACACCGUCUAUGCCACCGCAGCUGACCCCAAGAAGGGAUCACUUGGAACAAUUGCUCCAAUCGCAAUCGGGUUCAUCGUUGGUGCAAACAUCUUGGCUGCUGGUCCGUUCAGUGGUGGUUCAAUGAAUCCGGCUCGCUCAUUUGGACCAGCUGUUGUCAGUGGAGACUUUGCUGGUAACUGGAUUUACUGGGUUGGCCCACUCAUUGGAGGUGGUUUGGCCGGGUUUAUUUAUGGCGACAUCUUCAUUGGAUCUUAUGCCCCAGUAGUCGCUGAAGACUAUCCUUAAAAUUAAGGGAUCUGCGCAAGCUCCUUACUUGUUAUCUGAAGCUUUUGAGGUUUUCUUUGUG